UCCAAGAUUUUGACACGAGGAAGAACGUUUUCCGCCUAAGGCGGGGUCACCGUCUCUGUUGGCAAAGUUUGGCUGUUGAGACAGAGAGCGGUCGGCAAGAUCAACAUAAGUAGAUCGAGUAUAAAUCCCGAAUCGUCCGUUUUCUAUCGCUUGCAGCCGCGUGAGCGUACAGUGUCGCGUGCGGCUGACGUGAUCUGACUGCAGUCAUGUCCGAGGACCCGAGCUCUCAACCUUGGUCUAUCGACAAGGAUGACUAUGAGCUACAGGAGGUGAUCGGGAGUGGAGCAACAGCUGUGGUCCAGGCGGCAUAUUGCAAACCCCGGAAGGAGAAGGUGGCCAUUAAACGCAUCAAUCUUGAGAAAUGUCAGACCAGCAUGGAUGAGCUCCUGAAAGAGAUCCAGGCAAUGAGCCAGUGCCAUCACCCUAAUAUUGUGUCUUAUUACACCUCCUUUGUGGUCAAGGAUGAACUUUGGCUGGUCAUGAAGUUGCUUAGUGGUGGCUCAGUUCUGGAUUUUAUCAAGUACAUCAUUUCUAAAGGGGAGCACAAAUCGGGUGUCAUGGAUGAGUCCAGCAUUGCCACCAUACUGAAAGAGGUGCUAGAAGGUCUCGAUUAUCUGCACAAAAAUGGUCAGAUUCACAGAGAUGUGAAGGCUGGAAAUAUUCUUUUAGGAGAGGACGGCUCUGUUCAAAUUGCAGACUUUGGUGUCAGUGCCUUUUUAGCAACUGGUGGAGACAUGACUAGAAACAAAGUGAGGAAGACAUUUGUUGGAACUCCUUGCUGGAUGGCCCCUGAGGUGAUGGAGCAGGUUAGGGGUUAUGAUUUCAAAGCUGAUAUCUGGAGUUUCGGGAUCACGGCUAUUGAGUUGGCAACUGGGGCUGCUCCGUAUCACAAAUAUCCUCCAAUGAAGGUUCUCAUGUUAACUCUGCAGAAUGACCCUCCGUGUCUAGAGACUGGAGUUACAGAUAAAGAAAUGGUUAAAAAAUAUGGUAAAUCCUUUCGGAAGAUGAUCUCCUUGUGCCUCCAGAAGGAUCCAGAAAAACGGCCUACAGCUGCAGAACUUUUAAAACACAAGUUCUUCACAAAAGCCAAGAACAACGAAUACUUGAAUGAAAAAUUGCUGGAGAGGGCGCCAACAAUAGGAGAGAGAUCUAGGAAGGUGCGGAGGGUUCCGGGUUCCAGCGGUCGCCUCCAUAAGACUGAGGAUGGAGAGUGGGAAUGGAGUGAUGAUGAGCUGGAUAUGGAGAGUGAGGAAGGGAAGGCAGCAGUGGCCGCUUUACGGUCACCCAGAGUAAAGGACGAGGCUGUGCAAAAUGCAGAGAUCUUUCCAGUGGAUCCAUUAAGCUUCCUGCAGCCAGUCGCUGCAGGACAGUCUGAAGUGCUACGUGUUGCAGAUGACACUGCCACAAUUUCAGUGUCCUCUGCAGGCUCCCAGGCUGUUGGCGCACCUACUAUGACAGGGCAGGACUCAGCCAAAAUCCCCAUCAGCCUGGUCCUAAGAUUAAGGAACACAAAGAAAGAGCUAAACGAUAUCAGAUUUGAGUUCAUGCCGGGGAGAGACACAGCUGACGGAGUGUCUCAAGAGCUUGUGUCUGCAGGACUAGUGGAUGGAAGAGAUUUAGUUAUUGUUGCAGCCAAUUUGCAGAAAAUCGUUGAUGAUCCACAAACCAACAAAAAUGUCACUUUCAAGCUGGCAUCGGGAGUGGACAGCUCUGAAAUUCCAGAUGACGUUAAACUCAUGGGAUUUGCUCAGCUGAGUAUAAGUUAAAACAGUAUUACCAGCAACCAGGAUAAAAAAAAACAAAAAAAAACCAGACUUUGUAAAUGCUUUCAUUGGCCUAAAGAAACCACUACUGCCAAAGAGACAGAAGGAAUCUGACACCACAUAGGAUUAACAAAUGUUGAAUAGGAUUGCAUCCACGUUCUUCACAGGAGCGCACCUCUGAUGUUUACAGUAUUCAUCCAUGUUUUGUUUUCUCCGUUGCUUUAAACGUUUGCACAAUCUGAACCAACUCCUUAUACUGGUAGAUGUCAAAAGAAGAUUGCCUUACUUUCGAUAGUACUACUGAAUUUACAACUGUAGGUAGCUGUGGAUCUCAUCUGUGAAAUGAAUAAGUGACUGUGUGUGCAUGCAGCUGUGUACCUCAAUGGAGGGUUUAGGGCAGCAUUGUCAUUUCGAAAGCAUUUAAGGGUGCAUGUUGGACCGCCUAUAAAGUCAGCUGUUCAGUACACCUAUCUGCAAUGUGGUCCGUCAUUUGGGAGCGAUAAACAUUGUGCGCUUUUACACUUUAACCAGUAAACACGGAAGCCACGUCACUCAGACAUGAUGCUUCACUGUUACACCUGUGCACUGCACCUCACAGUUACACAUUUCAGCUGCUGUCUCACUAUCGGGAUACGUUCCCAUCGUUUUGCAUGGGCUAAUGCCAGACUGCAUGAAUGAUUUUUGACUUAAGAUAUGCUGGUCAUUUUGCGCUCAUUUAAAUUUUCCAAAUGGUCUCUCCAUGAAAACAAGGUGCAAGAGAGAUGAGAUGAUGAGCUUUAAAAGAAAAAGAAAAAAACAUGAAGUAGAAAUUGAGUUUUUCAUCAAAUUGAUCUAUUUCCCAAUAUGCUGUUCUUUCAGAAAACAAUUUAAAUUGUGCAUUUGGCUUUACAGUAUAUUAGAAAAGGGUUAUAUGUCAUUUUGUGGAUUGAGCAUAUUGUUACAUUACAGGUUUCAUACAUGCAUAUCUAUUAAGUAUAGUGGCAGCUGUUUGAAUAGUGUUAAACUAGAUUUAAAUAAAAAACUGAAGGACUUUCCAGUGCUUGCAAGGUAGUAAAUUAAUAGCAUCAUCGAUGGCAUUUAAAAUGUUUUAAUAUUCUUGUAUUCAAUCUGAGAUUUUGAACAAAAUUUAACAUUUCUGAAUCUAUAAACUAUAUAUAAAUCUAAAUGCACAGGACACAUGAAAAUCAAAGUGGGAAUGGAGUCAUGAAUUGCAGUAAUGUGUAUAGAAAAAUGACUUUCGAUACAUUGCUGGCCUUGCAAGCACUGUUGAUGAAGUGAAGACUGGGACUGACCAGCAACGAACUAAACUUUAAUGCAGUCUAAGUGAUAUUGGCAAUAUAAUUUGUGUGUCUGUAAAUAUUAGGUCUAUUACACUUGCUUAUAUCAUUUGUCUCAGCUGUAGACUGAUGUCUGAUUCCAUGUUUAUAUAUAGGCAGAAAUGUGUUCACAUGCAACUGGCAUUUAAUCCUCUUUCAAAAACAGUUUUUUUUAUACCUUUUUGCUGAACUUUUACUAGGUUUAUUAUUAUAAUUAUUCUACACUUCACCCCAUUUUAUUUUCCAAUUUUUCCAGUUCAUUUCUGUCCUCGGCUUCCAACAAACAGUUCAUUUUAAUGUGGUUUCAAAACGGAUUAAUUUUAGACAUGGUCAGUGAUUAAUUUGCUGUCACUUUCUUACAUGCGUGUAUGUGCAAAUGACUGUUGAUCUAUUAUUAUUAUUAUUAUUUUUUAAGUAUUUAGUGUGAAUACAACAAUGAAUGUGGGUGGGGCAUCUUAAGUACUUGAUAAAAAAAAUAUGUAAAUAAUCAAAUUGGUGUUGUUUAUAUAUAAUAUAAACGGUAUACAAGCCGUUCACAGUUGGCCUUUCUAUGGACUCGAUGCGGUGGUUUGUCUUAUGUCUUGUUGUUGGCUUCUCCAUGUUCGCAGUCCUAAGACACUUCCCUCAAAGGAUUUCAUUUCUGAAAAUGUCCUCUAAAAGAUUACGUUAGCAAGACUUGAGAGUAGUUAAAAAAAUAAAAUGUCAAGUCGGGGGCUAUUUUUGUUUUUCUGCAUUUCGGUUUCUGCCUUGCUGUCUUUGUUUGGUUGUUAUUGUUGGACAGGUUGGUGGGAUUCUUAAAAAGAAUGCUUGUGUGUAUUUUGUGUGUUUUAAAUGGUUGACACAACUCAUUACAAUGGCAUGCCACCUUAAUUGUUGUUGUUUUUUUGUUUUUUUUUAAAGCUGGCUCAGAUUCCUUAAGGAGACUCAAGUCAAAGUCUGAACGCAAUGAUUUAAUUUCUUUGACCGUCAAAAAUGCUGCCCUUUCAUGAUUCUCUAAAGCUUCAACCAUUGUAAGACGCGUCCUUGUCUCAUUUUCUAUCUCACUUUCGUCAUAGUGAUAUGACAGUAUUUAUUUUUAUGUGUGCACAAGUGGUUGGCCUUUUUCUGGAAUGCAUUGGAAGUCAAUUGAAAGAAUAUUCUUGUUUCUCAUUUGUAUGAAUUCUUAAAGAUAAAUAAGCUGAUUUAUCUUGAGAUUGACACAUCAGAUCGUGUUAAUCUCUCCAUGCUCAUAUCUUUUCGCUGUAGUGGUGUUUCUGUGUUGAGCUGAGCUAAGUUGUCUAAUAUCAUUCCAUCAUUCAGCUCAUUCUGGAGGGAUGCUGUAUUUUCAAUCCAAACACAUGUAUGCAGGACUUUCAAAGAGGGAUUGCCUACUAUUUAAGUGUUUCCAGUUUUUAAAAAUGUGUCUUUUCGAUUUGUUUUUCUCAUUGAACUGUAAGGAAUGAACUGUCACAACACAAAAGAAAUGGAGGUAUUACUGUCUUAUAGUUACAAUUACUAUUAUAGUAUUUCACCUUUUGGGAUUUUCUGUGCAUGUGUACCCAAUUAUUUUUAAUAAUCAAUAAAGAAUGAAAUUUUUUUGCCCCUGC